GGGGAGAGCCGGCCGGCGCGGAGCCUGCGAGUGUGGGGAGCGCGGCCGGAAGGCCCCGCAGCGGCGCGCGAUGCUCCACUGCCUGGUCUCUCAGCAAGAUCCCUGAGGGGCAGGCCAGGGAAGGAAGGUUGGAGGGAACAGCACUGUGAGCACCGAGGCUGAAUCAGGGUCCUGCUGUUACCCAGCCCACCUGACAUGUGCAGGGGGGCCCACCCCUGAAUCCAGAUGACGCUCAUGCCGAUGGCGUCAGUGAUGGCGGUGACCGAACCAAAAUGGGUCUCGGUCUGGGGCCGUGUCCUGUGGCUGACACUGCUGAGCAUGGCCCUGGGGUCGCUGCUGGCCUUGCUGCUGCCGCUGGCGGCAGUGGAGGAGCGCUGCUUGGCUGUGCUCAAAGGCUUCUACCUGCUCAGCAGCAAACUGGACAGGGCGCAGCACGCCACCACCAAGCGCACCAGCCUGUCCACGGAGCUCAGCGUCACCUCCAGGGACUCGGGGCUGUUAGUGGUCAAAACCAAGGCAUCUCCAGCAGGCAAGCUAGAAGCCAGAGCAGCUCUGAACCAAGCGCUGGAGAUGAAGCGUCAGGGCAAGCGGGACAAAGCACGCAAGCUCUUCCUGCACGCCCUCAAGAUGGACCCGCAUUACGUGGAUGCCCUCAACGAGCUGGGCAUCUUCUCAGAAGAGGACAAAGACAUCAUCCAGGCGGAUUACCUGUACACCCGGGCUCUGACCCUCUCCCCCUUCCACGAGAAGGCGCUGGUCAACCGGGAGCGGAUGCUGCCGCUGGUGGAGGAGAUCGACCAGCGGUAUUUCAGCACCAUCGACGGCAAGGUCAAGAAGCUCUUGUCUAUCCCCAAGGACAGCUCUGCGCUGCGCCGUGUCCUGGAGGAGACGUACUACCAUCACAUCUACCACACGGUGGCCAUCGAGGGCAACACCCUCACGCUGUCGGAGAUCAGACACAUUCUGGAGACCCGCUACGCCGUGCCGGGCAAGAGCCUGGAGGAGCAGAACGAGGUGAUCGGCAUGCAUGCCGCCAUGAAGUACGUCAACACCACACUGGUGUCACGCAUCGGAUCCGUCACGGUGGACGAUGUGCUGGAGAUCCACCGACGGGUGCUGGGGUACGUGGACCCGGUGGAAGCCGGCAGGUUUCGGAGGACCCAGGUAUUGGUGGGACAUCACGUGCCUCCCCAUCCGCGCGAGGUGGAGAAGCAGAUGCACGAGUUCCUGCAGUGGCUCAACUCGGAAGACGCCAUGAACCUGCACCCGGUGGAGUUCGCCGCCUUGGCUCACUACAAGCUGGUGUACAUCCACCCGUUCAUCGACGGCAACGGCAGGACCUCUCGGCUGCUGAUGAACCUCAUCCUCAUGCAGGCCGGCUACCCGCCCAUCACCAUCCGCAAGGAGCAGCGCUCCGAGUACUACCACGUGCUGGAGGUCGCCAACGAGGGCGACGUGCGUCCCUUCAUCCGCUUCAUCGCCAAGUGUGCCGAGAGCACCCUGGACACGCUGCUCCUCGCCACCACCGACUACUCCGUGGCACUGCCGGAAGCCACGCCCAACCAUUCGGGGUUCAAGGAGACACUCCCCAUCCGGCCCUGACCCUCAACGUCGUUUUUUUCUCCCUAGGUGAAGAGGGAACCAAAGAAAAUGCCAUUUCUAGAAAACCUAGUUCUGCAAAAACAGACCUUUAAAUAAUCUUUAUCUCCAGAUGGUUUUUUCUGUUGUUGGUGGGUUUUGUGUUUUUAAGUUAAAAAAAAGUUAAGUUAUAUAUGUCCUCUAAGGUAAUUUAUAAUCCAGUGAUGUUAUUUAUUUGCUUCUUUGGAGUGAGCUACCUAUGGGAGGGGGGGGGCCUUUGUGGCCAUGCUGGUAGCAGCUGUGGGUGAUCAGGACACAGGUUGUGGGCAGAAUUUGCACUAAGGACAGGGCGGGAGGCAGAGCCGUGGAGUGGAAGGAACCCCAGGUUUCUGUCUGAAAUGGUCCUGUGGUGGUUAGAACCAGAAAGCAAGCCGUGCUGGGGAGAAGCGAGCUCAUCUGCUCGCCGAGAUUUCUGCCUCCCCAUCCAGAUGGCUCUGGUGGCUUUCCCGCCUCUCCAGACCGGAAGUGAAUGCAAACAUUUGCAUUCGAUGCCUUACUCAUUUCCUAGGAGACCUUUGAGCCAUGUGAGUGCCAGAAGCUAUUAUUUUCAUAAUGAGACUAUUUUUCUAAUUCAGAGGAAGGCGGCAGCUUUGGUUUUGUUUCCCUUACAUUUCAUUUGUAGUAGCUCAAACCAGAAGCUUCUUUUAGUGUAAAAGUUCUCUGGGCUGGUUCCCCAGUAACUGCAGUGGGUUCUUGACCUACAAAUGGAAGGAUCUGGCAGGCAGGGGGCUGGGAUCAAGGCCCUGGAUCUCAUCCCCAGCACUUCCAAGAAAAAAAAAAGGCAGGGGGUGGGAGGGUUGAAUUGUGGCUCAGUGGUAUUGUCCCUGCCUGGCAAGUUCAAAGUCUAGUACCACUGCCCAUGGCUCACAUAUAGUUCCAGCCAAGCAAACCAAACAAGUGGAAGGUCCUAAGUAACUUCUUGUUCCUAAAUUAGAGCCCAGGAAGUAUCUGUGACCAGAGGCAGAGUGUGUGUGUGUCCCUUCGGACCCCAUAGUUACUCUUCUUACCCCAGCUACUCUACUGUCCCAGCAUCCCCUGGGGGCAGCAGACAGGGCCUCAGCCAGCCUUGCUUUUCUAGUAACUUUUCUUGCUAAACAACACAGUGUCCUGUGUCAAUGUGUCCUGUGUCACCUUAGGACAGUCGUAUGGCACACGUGUCAACUGGCUGCUACUUAGACCUGGAAAUUACAGAGUCCUUCCCCACGGGCCAAGUGGCGGUGUCUGCACCAGGCUGGUCUUCCGUCAGCACUGGGUGCUGCCAUACUUGGUUUGAGAUAUGCUGUUGACAGUCAAGCGGUCCUGCCCUGACGAAGCAAGUGUUUGUAAAGUGAAUUGUGCCACUGACACACUCAGCCUGUUUGUGAUGUUCCUCAGUGCUGUCAGCCUGUUGUCUGAAGAUCAGGAAAGGUGAGAAGAGGUGGGCCCUCGAAGCUGGAAGGAAGCACUGUGCCUCGGUCUCCUGUGCAGGAAGCGGGAUUUGUCUUGGUUUCUCACACCAAGAGGGCUUGGGGCUUGCUCGCCGAGUCCCGGUGAGAAUCUGCACUUUAGCUAUGUGUGAAGGGUAUUGUUUUAACAAAUUACUGAUUCUAAUAAAGUAUUUUAUUAUGUACACGUCUGA